UAAAAUAUUCUCCUUCGGCUUCUACGUCUCGUGCCCUAAAUUUGCCGCUCCUUCCCAAGCGUCGUUCCCUUCCACCCACUUGCGGAGGCGAACGCCGGAGAGACGACGACGACGGGAUUUUCUCAUGAAAUUUGGUGUGUUUUGAAGUCCAAGAGGCGAUAAGAUCUGUCAGCGGUCAGUUGUUCGCAGCCAUGUCGGUCACGGCCGGUGUUAGCGACACGGUGAUCACCAUCCGCGACAAGCUCCGGGGAAAGAUCGGCCAGACCAAGGUCAAGAGGUACUGGCCCGGCAAAGCCCCGGAAUGGGCAGACGAGGUGGAGGAUGAUGAAGACAUCAGGGCCUCCAAGCUGGCCGCCCUCGAGAAGGCCUUCCCUACUCGGGAUGAUGCUGAUGUACCUCAGAAAGAUGAUCGCAGGCUGAGGCGUCUGGCUGAGAGCCGAACUGAGAACAAGGAAGAGGUGAGGGCCGAUCACCGGCGUAUCCGGCAAGCUGAGAUAGUAUUGACCACCGAGGAAGAAAAUAAUAGGUUGGAGGGCUUGGAGUUGGAAGAGGAAGAUGAGGACGCUAUUGAGGAGAGGAGGCGCAGGAUAAAAGAGAAAUUGCUUCAGAGAGAACAGGAGGAGGCUGCUCUUCUCCCUGUAGAAGAGGAAGAAGAAGCAGAAGAGGAGGAGGAGGAAUCUGAGUAUGAGACAGACUCAGAGGAGGAACAAAUGGGUAUUGCCAUGGUGAAGCCAGUUUUUAUACCAAAGUCACAGCGAGAUACUAUUGCAGAGCGUGAGAGGCUUGAGGAGGAGGAACGGCGCCUUGAGGAGCUAGUGAAGAAGAGAUUAGAUGAGAGAAAAGUUGAGACUAGGCAAAUCGUGGUAGAGGAGAUAAGGAAGGAUGAGGAGAUCCAGAAGAAUUUGGAGGCUGAGGCGAACAUAUCAGAUGUGGACACAGAUGAUGAUAUGAAUGAGGCUGAGGAAUAUGAAGCUUGGAAGACUAGGGAGAUUGCAAGGAUUAAGAGAGAAAGAGACGACAGGGAUGCAAGGUUGAAGGAAAAGGAAGAGAUUGAGAAGGUUAGGAAUAUGACAGAGGAGGAAAGGAGGGAAUGGGAGCGGAAGAAUCCAAAGCCACUCUCUGCACCGAAGCAGAAGUGGAGGUUUAUGCAAAAGUACUAUCACAAGGGUGCUUUCUUCCAGUCUAGUUCUGAUGACCAUGCAGCGACAGCGGGUACAGAUGAUAUAUUUAGGCGUGAUUUCUCUGCACCAACUGGAGAAGAUAGGAUGGAUAAGACCAUAUUGCCUAAGGUCAUGCAAGUCAAGCACUUUGGACGUAGUGGAAGGACCAAAUGGACUCAUCUUGUCAAUGAGGAUACAACUGACUGGAAUGCUCCGUGGAGUAUGAAUGGCCCUCUUCGAUCAAAGUAUAAUGCAAAAAUGGCAGGUAUGAAUGCACCAAUUGAAAAACCAAAAGGAAGCAAGAAGUUGAAGGAUUGGGAGAUUAAGUAGCUUAUUCUUCUUGGUUAUAGUAUUUGUCUGGUUGAUGCAAAGAAGGGAUUUCACCCAUGCUUUGUCUUGUAAUGGUCUUUACGAUGCAAGUUUUAACAUGAAGAAAACCUUCAUAUAUUAGAUUUUGUAGUAUCAACUGCAGAAUACGUUAAGAUAUACUUAUUGAUUUCUGAAUUUCGCA